AUGUCGAAAACCAAGGACUCUACCGCUAUCCCCGAAGGACAGAUUGAAGACAUGAAAGAGGGCACUGCUUUCAGGGAGCAGCAGAAUCCUGUUCCCCGGAGCGUUGCUGGCUCCGUUAAUAAUGCCGGAGAUGUCUCAGACGACGCCGGCAAUAUUAUCGGCACGACCUUGCCAUUGGGACAGGACGAGCCAGACAAAGAAAAGCAAGAGGAACAACAGGAGGAAUAUGGCGAAUACACAACUCAGGAAGCUGAGAAGAAAUAUGGCCGCCUAGACCUUAACAACCCAAAGGAUACCGUUGAUCGCCUUGCUGGUGCUGUCAGCAGCACAGGCAAGCCCGCUGUUGGCGGCGUAACCAGCGCACUGGGUCUCGGAGGCAUGUCGGAUGAGACGCCCGAAGCUCCCAAGCAGGGCGAGGACGUCAUAGGCCAGAUGCUUGAGGCCAAGACCAAGGAUCAGAAGGAUAAUAGUAUCAGCUUCGAGGACUGCGAUAUGCCCACAGGCGACAAGGAGGUGGUCGAGACGGAGGGUAGGCUCAAAGAAGUCAUCUCUGAAGAGGUAAAGGACAAGAUCUCCAAAGUCGAAGAGAGGGUGGACGAGAAAGACGUACCAAGAGUGCCCGAGGACGCUAUUCAGGAUGAAGCCCCUAAGUCGGAGAUACCCGAGGGCAAGGCCCGCAGGCCUGAGGCUCCUGACGUGGAGGUAACUGAGGGAAAGUUUCCUGGUAAGGAAGCCGCUCGCGAGUUGGCUGGUGUUACCGUCGAGGCAGUCGGUCAAGCCCCCUUUGAGAGCCGACAAGUUGGUGCCGAAGGUGGCCUCAUGCAACUCAAGGGCAGCAAGGUCGAUGAGGGUGGAGCCAUCCUUGACCGUCGCGGGAACGUUAUCAAUAAGACCAAGGCCUGGGAUGCGCCUUAUCCCGGUGCCGAGCAGACUGCUGAAGAAAGGCUGCAACGUGAGCAGGCUGAGCAAGUGAAGGCGAAGAGGAAAGAGGAGACCAAGAAGGACAAGGAGCUAGCCAGCGCGCUAGCCUACAACAUUGAUCAGACCCAAGACAAAAUCCGACCCAUCUGCAAAAUGAUCAACAACGAGAUUAGCAUUGCCGAGGCCCAGCUCGGGAAGGAGUAUAGUGAGGAGCACCUCGUCAGGCAAGUCCGGCCUCUGAUUGAGCAGGGCGCCAAGAUUCUAAGCGAUGUCAAUGGUGUCAUCCAAGGUAUUAAUCCCGACAGCCGCCUCCAGAGGAACGCACAGCAGAAGGCGGCGAUCGCCGAGGCUACUUCUGAGGAGUAUCAUCUCGCCGAGUUGUUGAAGGAGGCGAGUAUCGAAGGUUCUUCUUCCCUUACUGGUAGUGUCACUACUACCAUCGAACGCGCCAGGCGCAAGCUCGAGAGCAUGCCUCAUGCCAAGAAGGAGCUCAACCCUCUCUGGGCUCUUCUCGCAGUACCUCUGUUCCAUAUCAUCGCUGCCAUUGAACUCUUGCUCGAUGGUAUGCUUGGCCUGGUUGGCAGAUUGCUGCACGGAGAUGUCAUUAACUCCUUGACCGGUAGAAAGAAGGAAUAA